CGCGCCGCCAUUUCGACCUUCACCGAGUGAACAAAAACAAACAAACAAGAGUAUCACACUCCUACCGACCCUUAGAGGAAUACCCGUCAAGAUGGCGACUGCAGACCCCUUUGAUUCCGCCCUCGACCUCCUCCGCCGCCUCAACCCCAAACACACGGCCGAGCACCUCAACAACCUCAUCACCCUCGCCCCCGACCUGACCGAAGACCUGCUCUCCUCCGUCGACCAGCCCCUGACCGUCAAGCGCUGCAAGCAAACCGGCCGCGACUACCUGCUAUGCGACUACAACCGCGACGGCGACAGCUACCGCUCGCCAUGGAGCAACCAGUUCGACCCUCCGCUUGAGGGCGGCAACCAGGGCGGUAGCGGUGGAGAUGGCGAGGGAGAUGGAGGAGAAGGGGGUGCGGCGGGAUCGAUCAUGCCUGGCGAGAGGGUGAGGAAGAUGGAGAUCAAGGCCAACGAGGCGUUUGAUGUGUACAGAGAGCUGUAUUAUGAGGGGGGUGUGAGUUCGGUGUAUUUCUGGAAUUUGGACGAUGGGUUUGCGGGGGUGGUGUUGUUGAAGAAGUCCUCCCCAACCAACCCCUCCUCCUCGGGCGUGUGGGACUCCAUCCACGUCUUCGAAGCCUCGGAGCGCGGCCGCACCUCCAACUACCGCCUUACCUCGACCGUCAUCCUCUCGCUGGCCACCAAGGGCAACGCCCUCGGCGAGGUCGAUCUCUCGGGCAACAUGACGCGCCAGGUCGAGCAGGACCUGCCCGUCGAGAACGACGAGAGCCACAUUGCCAACAUUGGCCGCCUGGUCGAGGAUAUGGAGCUCAAGAUGCGCAACCUGCUGCAGGAGGUCUACUUUGGCAAGGCCAAGGAUGUCGUGGGCGAUCUGAGGAGUGUCGGCUCCCUCAGCGAGGGACAGAGGGAUCGCGAUGCGCAGAUGGAGAUUAUUGGGAGUAUGAGGAAAGCGUAAGCAUGCGCAAGGGCUACUGUGGUGGCAAGGGGGGAAAUGGUUAGUUGGCAAAGACAAAGCGAAGCGAAAUGCUAUUGUUGUGUGAUUAGCAGGCGUAUUUGAAACGGUAUUUUCGCGAGAAAGAGAGAGAGAGACAAGAAGAGGGCGGGAGGACAUGUGUCUCUGCUUGGUAUACUACAUCUCUCUCUCUCUCUAAACAAAUUCUACUUAAUAAUUCAUCACACACA